CCUCAACUGAAGAUAUCUCAAGUCGAAGCUAGCCACAUCUUUCAUCAUGGAUUUCUUGCAGGCUCAUGAUCUGUCUCACAAGAACGGUGAGACUACUCACUACUACGAAGGAGGAUCUAAAGAUGGCACUCCUCUGAUUUUCCUCCACGGAUGGCCGGACAUUGCGGAAACCUGGAAGCACCAGCUGAAGUACUUUGCUGAAAAGGGCUACCGGGUCAUCGCCCCUGACAUGCGCGGCUAUGGCGGCUCUUCAGCGCCCUCCGACAAGCGGGGCUACUCACUGGAAGUCAUGGUACCAGAGCUUGUCGAGUUUGCAGAGCACCUGGGUAUCAGCAAAGCAGUCUGGAUUGCCCAUGACUGGGGCUGCGGAACCAACAAUGCUCUGGCUGCGCAUCACCCCGAACUGUUCCUAGGUCUGGCGAAUCUCGCAGUUCCAUAUCGGACAAUCGAACUCGGCCUCAAUCAUAUGAAAUCAUGCAUCAACCGCGAUAUCUACCCCGAGAAUGAAAAUGAGUGGGGCCAGUGGUCGUACAUGAGGUACUACGAGCUCGAGCCGGAGAAGAGUGCGAAGGGCUUCGAGGGAUAUAUUAACAACAUCACAAAGGUCAUGUACGCGAAGCAUGACCCGAGCGAAUGGGGCAAACCAUCUCCAUCGAGUAAGGUGAUGAAAGAUGGCGGUUGGUUCGGCGGACAUCCCGAGAAGAUCCCAGACAUUCCGCUCGAGUACACUUCGCUCGACGAAUCGCUGCUCAAGAACCUGAUCGCAAGCCACCAGAAGCACGGGUUCUUCCCGCCUACUGCUUGGUAUUUGAAUCACGACGUCAACGCGGUGUACGCCAAGAGCGAAAAGAAUGGCGGAGUCUUGGAAUUCCCUGUUCUCUACGUGGACGCCAAGUACGAUGCCGUGUGCUCACCUUCUACGACGCCGAAGUUCAAGGAGGUACAGGAAAAGGCCACCAAGGACUUGACGUACGAGACGGUCGACGCAGCACAUUGGGUACAGUUGGAGAAGCCACACGAGGUCAACGCCGCUUUGGAGAAGUGGCUGAAAGCUAAGGGUUUCUAAGUAGAUAUGAUCUUGAAAUGAUAGAGGUGGCAGAAUCUGGCUACAGGCUAAGAUUCUGAAAUGGUUGUGAUCAUGGAUUGAAUACAGCUGCCAGGACUAAUACAAAUCACUGUUC